AUGCUGUUUGAACUCAAAACUCUUUCGUUUGAAAUUGAAUUCGAUAGAAGGAACAGUCAGCUGCAGCAGAGCUCAACCAUGGAGAUCAUCAGAUGCAAAGCUGCCAUAUGCAGGAAGCCAGGAGAGGCUUUAGUAAUAGAAGAGAUAGAAGUUGACCCUCCUCAAGCUUGGGAAGUUCGCAUCAAAAUUAUUUGCACUUCUCUUUGUCAAACCGACAUUACCUUUUGGAAACUAGAUACGGGACCUAAUCCAUCCUUUCUACCUAGAAUCCUAGGUCAUGAAGCUAUUGGGGUAGUGGAGAGUGUGGGGGAGAAUAUAAUGGAAGUGAGAAAAGGGGACAUGGUUUUGCCAGUGUUCCAAUCUGAGUGUGGUGAAUGCAAAGAUUGUAAAUCGACGAAAAGUAAUUUGUGCACAGGAUUGUUAAGCCAAAACUACAUUGGAAUGCCUAGGGGAGGAGAUAGUCGGUUUAGAGACACCAAUGGGGAGACGAUUCACAAUUUCUUGCAUGUCUCGAGCUUUACAGAGUACACAGUUGUCGACGUUGCCAAUGUUGUUAAAAUAAACGAGGACAUAACUCCAGAUAAGGCUUGCUUAUUCGGCUGUGGAAUUAGCACAGGACUUGGAGCAGCAAUGAAGGUUGCAGAGGUGGAACAAGGCUCCAGUGUUGCUGUCUUUGGGCUUGGGGCUGUGGGCCUUGCGGUGGCAGAAGGAGCUAGGUUAAGAGGAGCUUCAAAAAUCAUAGGAGUGGAUUUGAACCCUAAUAAAUUUGAAAUUGGAAAAAAGUUUGGAGUGACUGAUUUUAUUAAUCCUAGCACCAUCAAGGAAAAAUCAAUCAGCGAGGUAAUACAAGAAAUGACGGAUGGUGGUGCCGAUUAUUGUUUCGAGUGUAUUGGUCUAUCUUCCUUGAUGAGUGAAGCUUUCAGCAGUUCACGAUUGGGUUGGGGAAAAACUAUGAUAGUAGGUUUUGAUGGGCAUUCACCAACAUUAGACCUCAACUUACUUGAUCUUUUAAAGGGAAGAACUGUUAGUGGCUCCUUGAUGGGUGGAAUCAAACCCAAGUCCGACAUUCCAAAACUAAUCCAAAUGUAUCUAAACAAGGAGCUGAACUUGGAAGGGUUCAUAUCACAUGAAAUAAGCUUCAAUGAUAUUAACAAAGCUUUUGAGUUACUUGAGCAAGGGAAGAGUAUAAGAUGCAUCAUUUGGAUGGAUAAAGAAUAA